GAACCCGGAAGGGCAAUUGAAAGCUGUUUCAUACGUGUUGUACACUGUGGUGUCCCCUCUUAUUCUGCUGUUGGUUGGAGAACAAUGAGUUUACAAAGUUAAGCUAACUAUACAAAAGUUUAAUUUAUCAUUAAUGAUGACAAUCAAGAGGCGUCUGCUGCUGAUCUCCAACUCCACACUGCACGGUGGUGGCUAUUUAGAGCACUGCCAGGAGCAAAUACGCAACUUUUUAGGAGAACAAGUGAAACGGGUUCUUUUUGUCCCAUAUGCUCUGCAUAACAGGGAUGCAUAUGCCAAAACCGCAAGAGAGAAGUUUGAAAGCCUUGGUUACAGCCUAGAUAGUGUGCAUGAAGCCUCCAACCCUGUAGAUGCUGUAAACAAUUCCGAAGCCAUCUUCAUUGGUGGUGGAAACACGUUCCGGCUUUUAAAAGCUCUGUAUGAUAAUGGCUUAAUUCCUGCCAUCAGGAAGAAAGUGUUUGAGGAUGGAAUUCCUUACAUAGGUUCGAGCGCUGGCACUAAUGUCGCUACAGUCAGCAUUCACACAACAAAUGACAUGCCAAUUGUAUACCCACCUUCUCUACAGGCACUUGGUCUGGUGCCCUUCAACAUUAAUCCUCACUACCUGGAUCCUAUUGUCAAUAGCAAACACAUGGGGGAGACCCGAGAACAGAGACUCUCUCAAUACCAUGAAGAACCAGACACUCCUCCUGUCCUUGCCCUGCGAGAGGGUUGUUUGCUUCUAGUUGAUGGGGAAAAGGCCACUCUUCUAGGAAUUACAGGAGCCCGUCUGUUUGUAAGAGGUUCAGCUCCAAAGGAACACGAGCCUGGACAGGACUUCAGCUUCCUUCUGUGCCAGUCCUGAAGGUGUUUCUUGUCAAUGUGAAAUUUCUCUGAAGCAUGAAUGCACAGAAAGUAAAACCGGACUCAUAUACUUCUGUAUAUAUUGUAUUAACAAUAUCUGAUCAGUUCUAAAAAAAGGAAUAGUUAACAAUGUUGCUACAAUUACUGUCAUGUUACUCCGCUCUUGUCCAAAAUUACUAGAUAGAAAACAAAUUAUAAGUUAAUAUGUACCAACCUUUGUAUAAACCUAAUUAAAGAAAAUCUGCAAAUAACUGAAUAAUAAGCAGCAGAUAAAUUGCAUUUAAUCUAACUUCUCAUUGUCUCAUACAAAUGUACAAUAGCUUGUAAAAUCCUGACAUUUAAGUAUUUGCUUAUUAAAAAUUUGCAUCUUUAAA